AUGACAAUUCUUAUCUGUCUUUUGGAUCAUUCACUACUCAUUUCUACACAAACUUCAGCCGGCAGAUUUCAUUAUCAUCAUGAACCUUCAGCUCAUCAACAACAACAAAAAGCAGACCAAGUGAGUGGACUGCCUGGUCAGCCUCCGGUGAGCUUUAAGCACUUUGCCGGAUAUGUUACCGUCAACAAAACUCAUGGAAGAGCGCUCUUCUAUUGGUUCUUUGAAGCAAUCAACAACCCUCAAGAUAAACCCCUCCUCCUUUGGCUCAACGGAGGGCCUGGAUGUUCAUCAGUUGGGUACGGAGCAACAGAGGAGUUAGGCCCUUUCUUCGUUCAAAAGGGCAGCGAACCGAAGCUCAAGUUCAACCCUUACACGUGGAACAAUGCUGCCAAUUUAUUGUUUGUGGAGUCUCCCGUGGGAGUGGGAUUUUCUUACACGAAUACCAGUGAAGAUAUCGGGCAACUUGGCGAUAAAAUUACAGCUGAGGAUUCUUACAACUUUCUCAUCAACUGGUUUCAACGGUUUCCAGAAUACAAGUCUCAUGACUUCUAUAUUGCAGGAGAAAGCUAUGCAGGGCAUUAUGUUCCACAGCUUUCUGAGCUCAUCGUUGACAGAAACCAGAACCUGUCCAAGGAGAAUUAUAUAAACUUGAAGGGAUUCAUGAUUGGGAAUGCAGUAAUAGACGAUGAAACAGAUCAGAAGGGAAUGAUUGAUUACGCGUGGGAUCAUGCGGUCAUCUCUGAUCGCUUGUACCAGGAUAUCAAGAACGAAUGCGACUUCAGUGAGAAAAAGUUAUCAAGACUGUGUAAUAAGCUGAUAGACGAGUACUUUGAUGUCUACGAAAUCAUAGACAUGUACAGCUUGUACACUCCCACGUGCCUCAGUAACAACAGCAGCGCCACCACCGCUACCAGGCAAUCCCGCACCAUGCAAGGCGCCCCCACUCUGUUUUCGAGACUUGAUGUAAGGCACAAGAGACCAGCAGGUUAUGACCCUUGUGCAUCAGAAUACAGUUAUGUGUAUUUGAAUAGGCCGGAUGUUCAAAAGGCACUGCAUGCCAAUGUCACCAAAAUUCCCUAUCCAUGGACUCACUGCAGUGAUAACAUCACCUUCUGGGAGGAUGCACCACCCUCCAUUCUUCCGGUGAUUGGAAAGCUUGUAGCGAGUGGCCUCCGGGUUUGGAUUUACAGUGGGGAUACUGAUGGGAGAGUUCCAGUAACAUCAACAAGAUACGCCUUGAAAAAGCUGGGAUUGAAGAUUAAUGAAGAUUGGACUCCUUGGUACAACAACAAACAGGUUGGCGGGUGGAGAGUGGCGUACGAUGGGCUUAUGUUUGUGACAAUUAGAGGAGCAGGUCACCAAGUUCCGGAGUUUGCACCAAAGCAGUCGCUCCUCCUGGUUGAACACUUCCUGGCUAAUAGGACACUCCCAUCUAAACCAUUUUAA